AUGGGGAAUGGCAAGGCCGUGCGUGCGCUGCUCGCCAUCGUCGCCGUCAUCGCCGCGUGUCUCCUGCAGCCGUCGCACGCAGGACUUAGCAGCGUGCGGGUCUCAGUGCGCAUUGGCACGCAGGCGAAGAUAAAAAGCACCCCAAUCAGCUUCUCGUCAAGCCGCUGUGUCAACGUUGCUUCCACGUUGGCUGCUGCGAAGGCGCAGGUGCAGGUGUCGUGGCAAGGAAGCGAUUCUAGCAAGGCUGCUUGCAGCGCGAUCCAGUUCUUCCAGGCCCAGCAGUGCACAGGAGACGCGUUGGUCACUUACACCAAGGCCAACUCCAGUGUCAAGAAACUCCCGAGUGCAGCCAAGUCCGCCCGCUGCGUCAUUGACAUGUGUGCGCUCUGUCCCGCCAACUCCAAGUGCAUUGCACCCAUCGAUAACCGUCUGGUGGUGACAUGCGUGUGCUACACAGGCUACUAUGCUGUCAGCAGCGCAUGCCAGUCGUCAAAAACCACAGGAGCCUCUACAACCCCUUCCAGCGGCGUUUCAGAAUCUUCCAGCAGCACUGCAGCAACUUCCAGCAACACUGCAGCAACUUCCAGCAGCACUGCAGCAACUUCCAGCAACGCUGCAGCAACUUCCAGCAACGCUGCAGAAACUUCCAGCAACACUGCAGCAACUUCCAGCAACGCUGCAGCAACUUCCAGCAACGCUGCAGAAACUUCCAGCAACACUGCAGCAACUUCCAGCAACGCUGCAGAAACUUCGAACAACGCUGCAGAAGCUUCCACCAAUGGCGCAUAUACUUCCAGCAUUGGCAUUUAUACUACCACCAAUGGCGCGUACUAUACUUCCACCAGUGGCCCAUAUGCUUCCAGCAUUGGCUUUGAUACUUCCACCAAUGGCGGAUACUAUACUUCCACCAACGGCGCAUAUACUUCCAGCAUUGGCGUUUAUACUUCCACCAAUGGCGCAUAUACUUCCAGCAACACGUAUGAAUCUCCGGUCCUUGGCACCAUGCUUGUGAAAUACAAGGGGAUGGUGAUGGUGCCGUUUCUGAAGCCGCUGCUUGACACAACCGGACGCCGCAGGGAUGGCUUGGUUGUGCUCGACUCCUACCGCGGCCAUUUGACCGAGGCGGUCGGGCAGACCAUGCAGAUGUUCUGGCUGUCCCGAGCUAUCAUCCCAGGGGGCUGCACACUGCUGGUGCAGCCUCUGGAUGUGUCGGUGAACCGCGCGUUCAAGUGCGGGGUGCGUCAUCGCUACAGUCUCUGGUUUGAAAAAGAGGGCAUCAACCUCACUACCAAGGCUGUCCCCAUGCCGGCCGAGGAGCUGCAGGCGGCGGCACAUGAGGAUGACGCCGCCGAGGAGGACGCGGAGGCGGCGGCGGCAGAGGAGGAAGGGGUCGUGCUUGAAGAAGGCGGGGAGGCAGAAGAGCCCACCGAUGACGAGUGGUGGCGCCCUGGCCGCUAUGACGGGGAAGAAUGUGAAGAGUGGCAUGCUGGGGACGAUUCUGAAUGA